AUGGCGUGCGACCACCGCCCUUCCGCCAGGGGCGCCUGCAGCCGCGUGGGCGGCAGCGAAGCGGCAGGUGAGGUGGACGAUGCGCGCAUACACGCACGAGCAUCGUUGGCGGCCGCCGCCACUGGUGGAGGGAUGCGUGGGAAUGCGGUGGUACGGCGUGAUGCGAGGUGGAUGGGCCAUCCCCGCGUGCAAACACCCUCACCCGAUCACCCCCCGGCUCCUAUCACCGCCCGGCUCCUAUCACCGCCCGGCUCCUAUUACCGCCCGGCUCCUAUCACCGCCCGGCUCCUAUCACCGCCCGGCUCCUAUCACCCCUACCUACCUCGCCACCGCGCGUAUCGUCGCGCCGCUGCCCGUCUGCCCGCCGUGACACGCUCCCGCGGGCCGCCAGUCGUGCUGCGCAACGCCAUUCGCAUCGGGACCGUCCGCCGAGCGCAACUUUGCACAGCCACAACUCCUCACGCCCUCCCCCUCGCUCCCCUCCUCACGCCCUCCCCCUCGCUCCCCUCCUCACGCCCUCCCCCUAACUCCCUCCUCACGCUCCCCUCCUCACGCUCAUGCAUGCCAUGCUCACAGGGGCGAGAGUAG